AUGGAUGAUGAGUGGAACUCAAUGGGUGAUUCUAAUUCAUUUUAUUCUGAAUUUUCAACUGAAAAUUAUGAAAAUCCUCCCUUCUCUAACUCAUCUUCUUCAUCCCAAGACCCAGAUAAUCCUUUUUCCGAGCAAAAUAUCAUUGAGUGGUUCAUGGAUGAUACUCUAUCGAACCUAAUAAACCUACGACGAGAAGCUAUAGAAAAUGAGGCUGCAUCCUCUCGGCGUAGAAGAAGGCCAAGACGGGUCAUUGAGAGAAACCGUGAAGAAGCAGAUCAACGUUUAUAUAUUGACUAUUUCUCUAAUAGUCCAACGUACACCGACGAUUUAUUUCGGCAAAGGUUUCGAAUGCGAAGAAAUUUAUUUCUUCGCAUAGUUGAAGCAAUGCGUAUGUUAGCGUAUGGGAGUUCUGCAGAUUCCAUUGAUGAGAAUAUACGACUGGGUGAGACCACUAUAAUGAAGUGUAUGAAGAGAUUUGUUCAAAGUAUAAAUGAUGUGUUUGGGGAAGAGUACUUGAGAAUGCCAAAUGUUGUAGACGUACAAAGGCUAAUGCAAAUUGGAGAACAAAGGGGCUUCCCAGAUUUGUGGAUAUGGCAUUCUUUCUUUGGUCUUGCAAGUACAUUAAAUGAUAUCAAUGUGUUGGACCGAUCUCCCAUCUUCCACGAGGUCUUGGAAGGUAAAGCACCUCAGGUAAAUUUUGUUGUUAAUGGUAACCAUUACAAUUUGGGUUAUUGCUUAGCAGAUGGAAUAUAUCCAAGUUGGGCAACCUUUGUGAAGUCAAUCCCCUUACCUCAAAGUGCAAAACAUAAAUUAUUUGCAAAGAAACAAAAAGCUGCAAGAAAAGAUAUAGAAAGAGCAUUUGGAGUGCUCAAAGCACGAUUUGCUAUCAUUUCUAACCCAGCACGCAUGGGCUCCAAAGAAACACUGGGACAAAUUAUGAGAGCAUGUAUAAUCAUUCACAAUAUGAUUGUAGAGGAUGAACGAGAUUCAUAUGCUAUUGAUUAUAAUUAUUCGAAUGAAAGUGUGAAUUGUAAUGUAUCUGUACCUGAAAAUAGUCCUAGCCACUUCAUUCGAAAUGAGGAUUAUAUUCGAAAUCAUGCAAUGAUUCGCAAUAGGCCAACAAACCAUCAACUACGAGAAGACUUGAUUGAGGAGAUAUGGAAUCGGUUUGGUGGAGAAGAAAAUUAA